AUGGACUCAGAAGAUCCUCUGCAAGAGGAGCUGACUUGUCCGAUCUGCCUGGAGCUGUUUGCGGAGCCCCGAGUUCUGCCCUGUCAGCACAGCUUCUGUACAGACUGUCUGCAGAAGAUCGCAGCACCCAAGGAGAACAAGCCCGUGCGACGAGGGAGAUCCAGGAAAUCUCAGAACAAGACUGCAGAAAAAGCGCUGGAGUUUGAGUGUCCCACCUGCAAGGAGACGGUUUCCUUAAAGGAGCGUGUGAUCCAGUCUCUUCCCCGGAACUUCCACCUUCAGAACAUCACGGACAGCUUCCAGAAGAGCCGCAAGUCGGAGGGGAAGAGGAAGAGAGACAGCGAGAGUGGGAGUGAGAAGAAAAAGGCUCGUCCGCUCAUGUGUCCUGUGCACCAAGACCAGCCCCUGGAUGUGUACUGUGUGAGCUGCCAGAGGCCCGUGUGUACACCAUGUAUGCAGGAAGGAGACCAUAAGGACCACACUACAGGAGACAUACAUGCUGCUUACGACACAGCAAGGCACAAGGUACGGGAGAGCCUGGCUUUGCUGGAGGGCAGGAGUAAAAAUAUGAGCUGGAGUCUGGAGAAACUCAAACGCUCCGAGGAGAAAAUUAAACAAUCAGCCAAGAGCCUGGAGCAGUCAAUCAAGGACCAGUGCAGCAACCUGAGGAAGGCUGUGGACAGGCAGGAGCAGGCUCUCAUCGCUCAGACAAAGGCAGCCAAGACAAGAUAUCUGCAGCGUCAAAAGGAGAUGCUGAGUGUCUAUAAGAACAAACACGAGGCCCUGACUAAGGAGCUGGAACUGGCUAAACAUCACAUGGAGAACAAACAGCCAGUCAACUUCCUUAUGGUCUGUAUGGGCUGGUGCAAUAGAUUAUUGUGUAUGUAUGGAUGA